CAGACCACCAACCACAUGCGACAUACAUGCGCGCACAUGAGAAUUUCCGUACUGCAGCAUAUGCGUGCUUUGUGGGGAAGUUAAGUGAUAUUUUUGCGCAAUAAUACGCAAUAUCAACAAUUAUUUGUUGCAGGUAUUUCUAGUUUCUGUUCGUGUCUCAAGAGGACGUGACUGAGUAAUUUGGUUAACUGAAAGAUGCCGAAAAAUAAAGGAAAGGGAGGUAAGAACCGCAGGAGAGGAAAGAACGAGAACGAAUCGGAGAAGCGAGAGCUGGUCUUCAAAGAGGAUGGACAAGAAUAUGCACAAGUAAUGAAGAUGUUGGGGAACGGAAGGUUGAAGGCGCUGUGCCUGGAUGGAGUAGAGAGAUUAUGUCACAUCAGAGGAAAGCUACGGAAAAAGGUAUGGAUCAACCAAGGCGACAUCAUCCUACUCGGCCUAAGGGAUUACCAAGACGACAAAGCCGACGUCAUCCUCAAGUACAACCCAGACGAGGCGCGCAACCUGAAGGAGUUUGGCGAGCUGCCAGAGAGUUACAAGAUCAACGACACGACGGCGUUUGGACCGAACGAGGACGAUGACGACAUCCAGUUUGGAGAUAUCGAGAGGGUCUGAAGGGGGGUACCACGUGGAUGAAAUGGGUGCUGUAAGAUUUGUAAAUUAACAAAUUUUCUCAAAAAAAGACGGCUCUGCCAGAAAACACAUUAAGUGAAUUCCAGCCCUCACAUUUUUUUUCUGUUGAUUUCUGGAUUUUUUGCAAGAAUGGAGUCUAUCAAACCCUUGUCCCAACCAGAGCUGAAAUUUCCUAGGUUAAAGCGCCAGACCCGUUUAGAAGACGUGUUGGAUACUUGCUCGACGUGGGCCCAACAUGGAGAUUUCUAGGGGUGUGCAUUAGAACUGGGUACCGCGGAUGUCAGAAACCGGUUCCAGAUUAUGGGAUCGGGCUCCCGCAACCAACUUUUCAAAUUACUAAGUAACUUCUCAGACAACGAUAAAGAAAGCUUCUGAAUGUCGUUUUAUGGGGAAUUUUCAAAAUGAAAACCAGGCUACAUGGAAAACCAAAACGGAUGUUGCAUUUAUGUGCGUUUUAAAUCUGCGACAGAUGACGCUCGGCUGGCGAAAAUUGCAGUUUACAUGGCAAAGUUAUAAUGCCGUUCAGACAACUUCCGGGAUUUGAAUUUUGGGGUUGGGUUUCUUAUACGGAUACCUGGCUACCCGUGUUUUACUUCUAUAGGGGACCUAGAGCCCAUACUACCCUUAAAUGCACACCACUAGAAAAUUUAAAUAGUGUGUAAGAGCCUCAUUAUGACGGGCAGAGCAUACUUUUUGAAAUUUGGGGAAAAAAGCUCACAUCUCUGGUACUUCUUGGAACAACCUCGCUUUGAGAGUCACUUCUCAUAGUUUAACAGCAAAUUAUCUCCCCAGUUUUACUUUUGAUCAUUCAAAAAUCUCCAAUCUCUGAUAUGUCCCGUUUGUAUGUGUGAGGCCUGAAUGAAAAAAAAUAUGUACAUUUAAUGUUGGUUAUUCACUUAGUGUGUUUCCCAUGCACAAAGUGCACUCAUUUAUGUAUGUAUAUGUAUACUCCAGCUAUGCUGUAUUAAAAGCUCCGAAAAUAAUAAUAAUAAUAAAACCAGGCUGUUUUAUUCCGUGCAAUUUGUUUGUAUUUGACAAAACUGUGUCUUACAAAAACAAAAGUCUUAAAAACAAUAGAAAUAUGUCUUUUUGAAAAGGCCACAAAGUGAACAUCCGACUUUUCGCUCUGCACACCAGGUAUUUGUGAAUGCUAGAAGUUCUUAUUUUCCUUGAGCAGAAACUAACAAAUUCUAGUUGGAAAAAAAAAAAAACCAGCAACAGCCUUUGUAGCCCAUGGUUGUUUUUCUGUGGCAGUAUUUGAAGUGUAGUGUGCCCACUAAAAGCGUAACUUGGUCAAAGUGGGUACAUGUACAUUUUUGGACUUAUGCACACGCUCGUACAUAAACUUCUUGUGAGACCGAUAAAAUGAAAAAUGGACUGAAAACGG